UCUCAAUAUAGCAUACACGGGCCUCCGCCUCUCCCCUUCUGCUUUGCUUCCGGUAACGAACCCUAGCCCACUUACCGCGGCGCGACUCCAGGGCAGCCGAUCUCGCGGUCCGGUCGGCGGCGGCGAGGGCGAGAUGGUGGUGGUGGGGGGCGGCGGCGGGAAUGCGUGGGCCAAGGAGAUGACCCUCCGCCGGAGGAUGUCCAGCAUAUUCAACAAGACGCGGGAGCACUUCCCGUCGCUGAAAGACUACAACGAUUACCUGGAGGAGGUGGAGGAUAUGACAUUCAACCUGAUCGAAGGAAUCGACGUGGAGGCGAUCGAGGCGAGGAUUGCCAGGUAUCAGCAGGAGAAUGCUGAGCAGAUAUACUUGUCGCGAGCUAAGAGGGCUGAAGAUCUUGCCGCGGCGCUUAAAGCGAGCAGAAUGGUCACUGUAAAGGCUGGCCCCACUGAUACGGCGGCUGGAACCUCCCAGGGUAUUAGUGGUGGAGCAGGAGUUCAAGGCCAGUAUGCACCUGCCGCGGUUCCUGGUGGGUUGAAUCAGCCUCGUCCGACAGGAAACGCUCCGCAGCCAAUCGGUGGUUCAUCCGAUCCUCUACAUGGAUAUGAUGAGGAGACCAUGCGACUACGUGCGGAGAGAGGAGCUCGGGCAGGUGGUUGGACUGCUGAGUUAGGCAGGCGAAGAGCACUGGAAGAGGCAUUUAACAGCAUAUUCGUAUAAAGGUUAAGAUCAGGCGCAGCUACUGCCCCAGAGGAUGCAUGGUUAACUUAUUACGACCCUUAUACCACAGCGCGUACUUGUCCAGCUAUAACCUGUUGGUUGUGGCCUACAUUUUGGACAUCAAAGCAGAAGGGAUUGAAGUGUCUGAUCAGCAUCAAGCGGCCCAGUUGUCAUCCCUUUUUCCAAGUCGAGAAGUUGCAUAUCGAUGUACCUAUGAUCAUGCCAAUGACUGAAACUUCUGUCAUUGCUCCCCUAAUGGCAUGAUUUUGUUGUUCAUCAAACCUCGGCUCCUUUUGAAUAUAAUAUGAGUGUUAUCAGUA